AUGGCCGAGACACGCUCUUCUCCUGAGGUCAUCAAUGCCUCACUUCCCGCCCUCGAGGUCCAACACGAAAACAAAUUCAAGGAUUACAAUUUCUUAGAUAUUACAUAUGUUGUCGUCCAUCUGUCUGAUAUAACAAUCAGGAACAUCAAAAACAUGAUGAAUUCUAACUCCAAUACCUCCAAUGAGUACGAAAACGAAGGUUAUUUGGAGAUUAUUGGAAAGAUGCUCUCCUUGACGCUCUUCGGCAACGAAAACCAGCUGGAAUACCUAGACACCGAGCACGUUGGUAGACGCAAGUUCGUUGCAUUCACCAAUAUCCAAAAGAAAGAGAAGCCAGAUCAGAGUCAGAGCCCGAGUCACGAAAAGCUGCAGGUGAUUGAGGUCAUGUUCAUGCGGACGAACCCCCGGGAAACACUGAAGAUAUUCUGGAGGCCCGCCAGGGCAAUUGUCUUUCAACGUGUUCUUACUAGAGUGAAGAAAUUGCUCGAGAUGGCCAUGGGUGUAACUAUCCCAGAGAACAAACCAGCGGAGCAGCUAUUCCUCGAUCUCCCUAUCCAAGAUGUUCUCAAUAAGAAUGCCGGAAUGCUGGUAAUAGAGCCCUGGGCCAGCAUAUACGUCGACGCCAUACGUGAUAGAAGGUUCGUUGAUGCUGUGUGGGCACGCUAUCAUAUCAGUGGCGAUUUGGAGAAUGAGAUCGCCGAAGAUCCAAAUAAUAUGACCGUGCUUGAUGUUAUUAAGGUAGAUGCACUGGAAUACAGGGUGAAUGAACCGGAGGAAUAUGCCAAGGCUUUGUCAUUCUAUACAAAAACGAGCAGUGCAGAUGGGCAUGCAGAUGUGAUAGAGACCAUUAAUAAUCUUACGGAGAGAGAUAUUGCUCGGGUUAGAGCUCAACUUGAGGCUGAAUGUGAAGAUGGGUUUUCGAAACGAACUCGAGCUCAUUGUUAG